UACAAUUGUAGGCGUGGUUGACCCCAGCAGAGAAAGAAAAGUUUUUCCGCAGGCGUUCGGACAAUGGAGCUAACUGGCUGGGUAAAAAAUUACGAAUGGGGCAAAAAUGGCAUUCAUUCAGCCGUUGCACAACUGGCAAUGGCUAACGAUCCGGAUUUUGUCCUGAAAGAUGAUGAGCCCUACGCGGAAAUGUGGAUGGGCACCCAUUUUUGCGGUGUUUCCAUUGUUAAAGAGACGGGAGAAACUCUAGACCGUGCUCUGAAGAUGGAACUGCCGUACCUAUUCAAAGUUUUGAGCAUUAAAAAAGCACUGAGUAUACAAGUGCAUCCCAAUAAAUGCGAAGCUGAGCGUCUGCACGCGGAGCGACCGGAAAUCUAUAAGGAUAGUAACCACAAGCCGGAGAUGUGCAUUGCCCUGACUCCCUUUUUAGCAUUGGUUGGAUUUCAACCGAUCGAUGAUAUCAUUGAUAACAUUGAUGAGUUCCAACCACUGUCCAAGCUCAUCGGCAAGGAGGCAGUCCACGAGUUGCACCAAAAACGAGAUACGGAAAGCUUAAAGGCAUGCUACGAGAUCCUAAUGAGAUCCGACGAUGCUAAGAUAGCCGCGUGCCUCAAGGAGAUAGCCAAAAAGUAUACGAAAGAGCUCGAGAGCAACGAAUUGUUAAAUGUAUUUAACAAGAUCAAUGCGGACUUUCCUGGUGACGUCGGUGUGCUAUCUCUAUUCUUUUUAAACCUAAUACACUUGAAACCUGGCCAAGGCAUAUACUUGGGCGCCAAUGAGAUUCACGCGUAUCUGGAAGGCGAGUGUGUGGAGUGCAUGGCCUGUUCCGAUAAUGUCAUUCGUGCGGGACUCACGCCCAAGUACAAAGAUGUCGAGCAGCUAAUUUCCUCUGUGAUAUAUGAGGGCAAGCCGGCGAGAUGCAAAUUGUUUAUGCCAUAUCGAAUCGAUGAUUUCGUAGAGGUGUUCGCGCCACCUGUUGAUGACUUUGCAGUCAUCCAUGUUGCUAUAAGCCACACUGUGGAUACCUACAAACUGGAGAUACAAAAAUACGGCUCCAUCAUGUUGACAUUGACCGGCAAGCGCAUUGUUAACCUAACCACAAAAGACGGCCCCAAAGAGAUAACUGUAUCGCGUGGCAGCAUUAUCUACAUUCCAGUCGAGGCUGCUCCCGCAAUUGAGUUCCUGCAUACGGAGGACUGCGGCGAUGAUUUUUCCGCUUACAUUGCAACAUAUAAUUAUUUUCGGCUUGCUUAGAAUGUAAAUUUGUGGUGUGAUUUUUGAAAUUUGAAAUAAACCAAAGACGUUACAUUUUUAAA